GACCUAAAUUUAAUGUAUUUGACAAAAAUUGUUACGAUUCGUGAGAGGAGCAAUUUGUCAUGCAUGAUGCAUACAUCUAUCAACUGUCAGCGAACAUCCCAAUUGGAUGAUCAUUUUGACAUUUUCACCCUCACCUGAAUAACAAUCACCGCAACUGCCGCCAUUUCCGACAAAAAAAACCCAACCAGUCGCAUUCUCAUAAUGGGUAAGCCCAUAACACGAUCCCUCUCUCGUUCCCUUUCUAAACCUUCCUCCACUACACAAUCUGCCGCCGCCGCAACUAAUAUUUCCAUAACCCCCUCUUCUUCCUCUUCCAAAAUCCCAUUCCGAACCCGAAAAAUCCGAAAACUUUCCACCACUAAAACCACCACCACAACAACAACCACAACCGCUAGUACCAUCUCAUCUCCGCUUUCCAUACUUAAACCGUUAUCUAUCAAAGGCGAAAUCGACCUCGCUCUUGAACAUCUACGCAAUUCAGAUCCUCUCAUCGCGACUCUAAUUGAAACCCAUAAGCCACCCACAUUCGAUUCUCAUAGCCCACCAUUUAUAUCUUUAUCAAGAAGCAUUCUUUAUCAACAACUAGCUACAAAUGCUGCCAAAUCAAUCUACACACGCUUUCUGACUCUCUGUGGAGGCGAAUCCGGCGUCGUUCCGGAAAACGUACUAUCGCUCUCUGCUAAUCAGCUAAGAGAAAUUGGAAUUUCUGGUCGAAAAGCAACCUAUCUCCAUGACCUAGCAGACAAAUUUCGAAAUGGGUCUUUAUCAGAUUCAUCUAUUCUUGAAAUGAAUGACGAUACACUUUUAACUAGCUUGACUGCUGUUAAGGGAAUUGGGGUUUGGUCUGUGCAUAUGUUUAUGAUAUUUUCGCUGCAUAGGCCUGAUGUCUUGCCGGUAGGUGAUCUUGGUGUGAGGAAAGGAAUGCAGAGCUUGUAUGGGCUUAAAGAUUUGCCACAGCCAUUGCAAAUGGAGCAAGUUUGUGAGAAGUGGAGGCCUUACAGGUCUGUUGGGUCUUGGUAUAUGUGGAGGCUAAUGGAAGCAAAGGCAUUGACUAAAAUGGCUAAAAAGUAGUAACUCCAUCACAACACGGAACUGUUCUGCUUUUAAGCUUGUUAAUCAGGCUUUAAAAGAUCAGGUCUUCUUUUGAGCUUUAACUAAGGUCUGAUUCUAUAUGAUUAGAAAUAUAGUGGUUAUGUUAUGUGUUGUCUGUUGUGCUUAUUCUUUCACUUUUAUUCUCUUUGUAUAGUAUAAAACCUACAUUGCUUGUAUUGGUUGCUUUACAUUACAGUCUUGAAUUAUGAAUUGCAUAUGCUGAAUGAAGGAAUUAUGCUUGUACGGUUCUUUAUUGCGUAAA